AUGAUUCUGGAAGAAUUAGUAGGUAGUGUUUUAUCGCUUUGCUCCAGUUUCAUAACACAAACACCACCAAUACAUCGAGAACAAAGACAGUUUACAUUGAUAUUUGAAGAAACUCAUGAACAAAACGAAGUAUACGAUGGCUUAAUACACCAGGAGUAUGAGCAACAGCCAGAGCAGGAGCUGCCUUAUUAUGAAGAUGAUAUAUCUGUUUUGGUACAACCAGAUGGACAACCUAGCCGAGAUUUUGCCCAAUCAUUCCACCGAAGUUUUCAAGUUAAUGUUGGAUUAGUAAUGGCGGUUGUUUUCAUAUUAGGUUUGCUUACACUUGGUGUUGUCUAUGUGGAUUUGAACACAACUGAUGCGUGCAUCGAAUGGAUGCAUAACAACUACAGUAUUCCAAGAGUUGUGAAGAUUUUGCAAAUUGUUGGAAUGUCUUUCGAAUUACUUCCAUUGUUUACAUGGUUUCCGGCAUGCAUUGUAAUGUUGUGGGGUUUCAAAGAGUUCAAGAAGAAUUAUCUAUUGUGUUUACUUGUCUGUCAGUUGGUGAUAGGAACCAUAACCUGUGUUUACAAAAUUAUUACGGUUGACGAGGUAACACCAACCACAGUUCAUUUUAGCAAAUACAGGUUAGUAAACCGACAACUAUAUAACAUGAGUUGUCCUUUGGCCUCAGUCCCCCUCAAGAUUAUGUCGACUUACAUAGUCAGCGGCGAGGGAGGAUGCGGUGUCACACCCACACCUAUAAUUCUUCCGGAUCUAAGCAACAAGCUAAAAACCAGAUGUUCCAAUUCCGACUCUAUUUCAUAUCUCUUUGAGCACCUUUCAAUAACUUGCCAAUGUAACUGA